CGUUUGCGUGUGACUGUUUUGCCACGGUUGAAGCUGCUGCUUGCGUCUCCACCUAAUCAAAAAAGAGGGACAAAAUGAAACGCCCGAAAUAUUUAUUGCGAGGCGUAAGAGAUCGGGAAAUUGGGAUUAAAAGGAAGCCUGGAAGUAAUGAUAUCCUUAGAAAUUAUGCAGAUUUUAUUAGUGCCAAGUAUUCUUCUAAAAUUGUGCCUUUGAUGCUUCAAAGCAAUGUCCGCUCCACCUUCUUGGUCAGCUUCAGCCAUGAUAGCGCCCUCAUGGCUUCGACCCAUGGCAACCAUCAUAUCUAUAUCUGGACGGUCAAGACUCAGGCGUGUAUACAAACCCUAGUGGGUCACCCUCGGACCCCAUGGACCAUCAUGUUUCAUCCUUCUUCGAAGGAGAUCUUGGCAUCCGGGUGCCUGGGUGGCGAGGUCCGCGUCUGGGAUCUUCAGGGUAGCAGUGAGAAGUGGUGCUCGCCGAACCGAACCACCAUCACGUCCCUCUCGUUUCACCCUCGGGAUAGACUCCUCGCGAUCGCCACGGGCAACCAGAUCUUUCUCUGGGACUGGAACGAGCCAUCCCCGUUCACCAGCGUGCAGACCAACAGUACCUUUGAAACUGUCAGAUUGGUGAAGUUUGACUCACUCGGCCACUUCCUGUUGACUGGCAUUGCCAAUUUGCUACCUGAACAAGAUGCGAGCAAUAGUGAUGAGAAUGCUCAAGACUCCAACCAAGGGUCGGAGGAGAGUGACCCAGAGCCUCUGGAACCUGAUACAUACCCCGCCCCCUCAAUACCAGAACCAGCUAUACCCCCUGAUAUAUUACAGGGACAGCAAGGAGAGUCGUCUAUGAAUCGUCCAAUGUCUCCAGAGUCCAUGGACACAUUAGAACAAGCGAGGGAGUAUGCAGCUUCUGUGACAUUGAACGCAUUACGAAGCCGCCACCAGAGGGGGUUCGUUCCAGGCGAUCCCCCAAACUACCCCAGUAGCUUUGCGCAACCUCUAGGGUAUUUAACCCGUACCAGCCUCCCGGCGCACGAGGCUUCUACCUCAAGAGAGAGGAGACUCACAAGCUUGAUGCAGGAGCAAAGGACAAGGCAUUCUGUGGAGUCGCUGUCAAACCUUGCCAACUUUGCUUCUAAUCCUCCGACCAAUAGCCUCUCUCAGUUGUCUCAGAAUCUCACUAACGAGUUUGCGCUGCCACGCCCAGCACCUGUUGAAGCGGAUAGCACCAGCCCUGUCAACGAACAGCCUCAGGAGAUUGUCAUCCCCUCCGAUGAUUCAGACACCCCUCCCGUGUCGAUGGAAGAGUCCAGGGAGGCGGAACCGGUCAUGGUGGAGGUGGAAGGGGAGAAUGUUCAGGUUGCGGUGGUGACGGACACGAGAGCUGGUCCGUCGUCGAUCCAGCCGAGGGCAGAGACCGCCUACGUUGCAAGGAUUCCUUCCCGAAGACCACGCACACAGCCGAAUGCAGAAUCCAGUGGGUCACACUUUCCCACUGCCCUUAGUCAUGCCAUGUCUGUUAGAGGAAGAAGUGUAGCAAGAUAUCAAGCUCAACUGUCUCGGCGCUCCCUCCCAGGUAAUUUGAGCGCUGCAGGUCGCAGAUUCGGGCAGGGCUUAUCCGGGGAGCUGCAAUCGUCAUCGAGGGAGGAGGGGGAAGGGUCAUCGUUGCCGGAAGGAUCAUCGAGACGACGGAGGGCCAUGCCGCAGCUGAGCCGACGUUCCCUCCAGGGGCAGAUGAACAUCGCAGGCCGGCGGUAUAACCCCAGUGUUGUUGGGGAGCAGACGUUGGGUAGACAGGGGGAUGAUGAAGGCCAGUCGGGUGAGGGAAUGAGAAGAAGAAGACCGUCUAGGUUUGGAUUCCAUCGCACGGCUCUCAGGAGACGGGUCCUACACAGUCAUUAUAGUACAAGUUUGUUUGAUAACACACAACCUCCAUCACCAUCAGUACAUUAUGCAAUCAAUAGAGCUAUUGCAAAUGCACUGGCAGGCCGAGGCCAAAUGGCUGUUGCAAAUAACAUCAGUAACCGCACCCAUAGGCUUCAAUGGUGGGAUAUGUCAGAUUAUUACCUGCCUGAUAUCACAGAUGCACAGAGCAACGUGAUUGUCGCAGAGUGUAAGAUCCAUAACGACGCCAGCGUUGAUAUCUCAAGCGAUCGCCGUCUGGCUGCGUUUAUCCCGAGCCACAUGGGGUUUCCGGAUCAUGGUGUCCUGGCGGUUUGUUCACUCGAAAGACACAAUCUUGGAGAAGUGCUCUUUACUAAGAGUUUUGGACCCAAUGCUAUUACUGUAAGUCUAUCUCCCUCUGGAAACUACAUUCUUGUCGGUCUGGCUGCGAGAAGGCUACAGUGGCAGAUGUUUCAUGGGUUAAUGGCCGAUGUCUACCAGCUUCAGAAGCCAGAGGCGGGUGAGGACUCAAUGACCUUCGUCAAUCGCAUCAUUCACCCGUUGGACCCCCAGCAGAGGUUGGUGGUUAGCGUGAACAUCGCGCGAUGGAUCCCAAGACCUGGAGCUGGUCUGGUCUACGGGACGAACAGAGGGGACCUAUGCUUCUGCACUCCAAAGCUGGACAAUGAAGAUGAACCUGUGGUUAGUCAAGGCACAUCAACAUCAGAACUUUGUGAUACCACAGCUAAUCAGUUGGACAUGGUGGAACGUCGACGAAGCUACAGAGAACUUGGCAUGAUGGCCGUCCGACUAUCCAACUCCCAGACAGGCAGUCCAUCAAGCGAAGCGUCCCGCCAGGCAUCUGUGUCUCAGUCGACCCAGACAGGAAACAGCAUGGUCCAGAACAUGUCCACCCAGACUGAUUUUGGGAACGAGGGCCACGUAGCGGGUAGGGAGAGGAUAGCUGAACGGAGGAGCGAUGUCUACGAGGCUCUUCGCAGCGGCACCUUUGUGGAGGAGAGGGCAGCAGGGAGCAGCGAAGGAAGUGGCCAAGACGCAGUGGAGGAGAUGCAGGGGCCAUCAGGAUCGCAUCAACGGCGGGAGUUACAGGAUGACGCGACAGGAGAGAGCGAUGAUAGUGGCGAGAGUUCAUCAGGUGUCGGUGGAAGUGAACGUCGCGAAAGCUGUGAUGCAAGCACAGAGGUUGGUAAUCAUGGCGACCAAUAUAUGAGAGGACAGGACGGUGGCACUGAGAAUUCAAGGAGAACAGUAUCGGAAGAGUGCCAAGCAGAAAGGCACAGUGCAUCAGUUAGCCAUCAAGGUUCUGAUACCAUAAGCAGACUUGCAUCAACAAAUGCUAUUUGCCGUCAACCGUCCGAGACAAACUCUACCCAACUCCCUAGCUCGAUUAAUCCAGAAGCAAGGAUUGUCUCCCCACUUGUGGUGCCCACUCGGCGUGCGUCUACUGAGAGGGAUAUCCCAGCGUCAAGUCAAUCUUGCCGGAUGCUUCGGCUGGACUCGCCAGAGAGCUUUGAGCAACCUGACAGUACUUCUUCAGGAAACGGAAUCCGUUCCUCAUCGAUGGGAAGGGAACGUUCAGCAUUUCACGUUGUUGGACCGGGCGGAGAUGUGAGCAGCUCCGGCCUGUCAUCGUCAUCUCGAUCAUCUACCAUCUCGUACGGACAUCGCAGCCUGAGCAGGCCUCCAAUCAGAUUCAUUGAAUCCAUGAGCCAGGAAUGGGAUGGCAGCGAUCCUGAGGAACAGAGGAACAUGACAGGUGUAAGUCAAAGUUUGAACUCCAGAGGGCGCCCUAUUCAGAGCAGAAGACAGCAUCUAAGUUUGGACUUACCUGCCACUCAUGUUGUAAAUUCAAGCACAAGUGACAGUCUUUCUCCAGGAGAACUUGAAGAAGGAAGUUCUACUUUAUCAGCAAGCCCAAGGUCAAGGUCUUCCCAUCUUUUAAUGGAAGACCAAAGGUCAGACGAUCAGGUCAGUUCAAGGUCAAGACCUCAGGCGAACUCAGAUAGCCCACAUGUAGUUAUGGACAGUCAUAUGACAGUACAAGCAUCAAACCUGAACACUGAACCCUUGAAUGAAUCCUUACAAGAGCAUGAACAGUACCAGGAACUAGAAUCAGAUCAAAACUCUUUUGCAGGAAGUGGUGCAUUUUCAGACACUGAAGGGCAAUCAAGGCUGGCCACAAUGGAAAUUGAUGAUGGUAGCAAUACAGCCCAAGAUUCUUAGAAUGUGUCUGUGUUCAUGAAUGUCAUAUUUUGUUGCUGAGGUAUUUCAGAGGUUAUAUCUCAAAUUGUGGAGUUGGUGUUGGGCUGCUUUUGACAUCUUCAUACCAUCAAAUUUGAAUUAGGUUGGUGGAUUUGGGACAGAUUCUCUGUUGAGCUAUCGAUAGUGUGAUUUGAAUAUUUGGUCUAAACUCACAUUAGGUGAGAGUCCCCAAUUUUCUGUGUUUUGGGAAAUGGAAAUAUUUCAAGGAAUUCAGGUAGAAUUUCACAGAAAAUGCAAAUUUUCAGGCCAAAAUACAUGCAUUUGAUUUACAAAAAAAGCCAUUGAAAAUCAAAGAAAACAGUAACCUAGGGGUGUUUUACAAAGAUUUAAGUUUGACUUACAUGUAGAGCCGCACUUAGAUGCCGACGCAUAUAUGAUAUGCAACACGCAAUCUUCCUGAUUAAUAUGCAGUAGUGCGUGUCCUCCUUGGCAUGAUCUGACCAAUGCGGUCAUGCCUUUCUAGUGAACACAACUAGGCAUUUAUGUGUGAAUCUAAGUCACACUUAAAUCUUUGUGAAACACCCCCCCCCCCAGGUUAUUCAAAUUUUUUUUUGUAGAAGGGGGAAUUGAUAAUUUAUUAAAAUUCUUACUUGUGUGUUAGUAGAAUAUGAUUAUGCCCAAAAUGAGCAUAUGAACGAAUAGUGGUGUGUGGUAUGGUCCAGUAGUAUCUUGUUAACAUGUCAGACUAUGUUUGAAUAUUGUCCAAUAGUUCAGGUGCCCAUUUCAUAAAACUUGUUAUAACAAAUUUACAAUAACAGUUAAAAGCUAAGUACUGUAAUCAUUCAAUCUGAUUGGCUGAUAGCAAAUUUGGUACAUUUUUAUCGUAGUCUCUUUAUCUUGGAUAUUGGGAAACCCAAGAGUGACUAGUUUUGCCUGUAUGCCUACAGAAUAUGUCAAACUUUAUGAAUUAUUUUCUGAGGUAAAAUUUAAAAUUCAAUUUCAAUUUAAAUUCUCAAAAUUUAUAAUGAAAUAUUAUAAUGUUUCUUUUGUUAUUUGUCUUGGUACGUGUAUUUUAUCUUGCCAUUUUAAUUUGUGAUUUUAAUCAAGUGCUUACCAUCUAAAUCUAAUGGUUUAUACGUACAAGUUUUUUGUUUGUUUUGUUCAUGCACAAGAAUACAAGGAAUGGUCAACAAUUUUUUUUAAUGAUUUCAAAUACAUACGAUUGUUUCAUAUUUAUGAUAAACUGCAUUUUUUGUUUCAUAUCUAUGAUAAACUGCAUUUUUUGUUUCAUAUCUAUGAUAAACUGCAUUUUUUUUUCAAUGAACCUAUGUGUAUGGCUAGUGCUAAACAUAUACAUGUAGCUUCUGUAAAAUUACAUUCAAUUUAUCAAUGCUUUUUUAAAUUAAAAUUUUUAGAUGAUAUUCAAUAAAUUCUUGGGCAUUUCUCUGAUGGGAUACUAGUAUAUAUAGGUCCUUUAUCAUCACGAUCAUAGGUUUUACAAAUUGUUUUGUGAUGAAAAUCUGCAUAUAAUACCCAUCACAAUUUACAAAACUGUUCUGCCCUACAUCAUUGAAUUAACAGCUUGGAGUUCCCUCAUGUACAAGGUUAUGAUAUAACAUCAUUGUCCUCAGUUAAACGUAUGUGGUGAAUAAGAAUGGAAAAGUCUAGAUAUUUGUUUAUGCUUAUUUUCUUAUGAUCUAGUGGAUAAAUACCUUCAGGCAGCCAGUGUCUACUGGACCUACAGACAAUUGUUUUUCAUACUAAAUUGAAUUUUUUAAUGAUUGUUUUUCUAAUAAAAAAGUAAUUAUGGACUAUAUGUUUUACUUUCCACCAAUAGAGGGCUUCACAAAAAUUAUGUUCAAAAUCACAGUUUUUGAGCAUGCUUGUGAAAAAAAAAAUAAUAUCUGAGAUUGUAAAUGAUUGGAAUUGAGUAAUUUUUGUUAUAAAGGUGAUAUUUAAAAGAUUGUUUUAGAGAGUGUGUUGUUGCAUCGAGACUCAAGACUGUCAAGACUUUGUUCAUGGGGGGGGGGGGGGGGGGCGGGCGCCUCUAUUGUUGUGUUCCCCCAAACACAAAAGAUAAUCCUUUGUGCAGACGCCCUUGGUUGUGCAGACUACCAGUGCUUAUAGGUGUGGAUGUCUGGAAAGAGAUUUGUUUGUAUUAUAUGUCUGUAAAGCUAUUUUGGAGAUAAAGGCCCAUAUUCUGAACUCGGGUUAAAAUUAAGACUACGGUCUAACUUGUGGUUAAACUAUGGAUAACCUAUUGUAAUAGGAAUCUAUAAUGGUACAAGUUUAAUUUGCCAGCUCAGGGCCCCGUCUUACAAAGAGUUAACUAUGGACUGCCAGCAAAUUCAACAUCUAUUAUGCAUGUUUGUUCAAAAUAUUUUUUAGCUAUGAUGUAUAUUCAUGCAUUCAUUGUUUUCUUGAAAAUUCACAGCACUUCUCUUUGUUUACAGAUGACAUUGUGCAAAUUUUUCGUAGGAAAAAGUAUGACACUGAUGGAUUUCCAUAGUUACAAUUGAUUGGAUCAAUCUUAACCCUUUGUGAGAGGGGGCCCUGAUCAUUCAUAGCUGACUGGGAAUAAUUACUGAAAUAGUUCUCUUCAUCAUUGAAAAUAAUGAGGAAAGAGCCAAGUCAAGACAAGAAACAUGUAAUCUAAAUGCAAUUUUAAUAUUUUUGGCUAUCCAUAAUUUUAACACAGAGUUAGACCAUGGGCUAAGUUAAAUCGGACUUUAGAAUAUGGGCCAAAUUGUUUAAUAUGAUAUGUUUAGUACUGUAUGAAUCCAUACUGAGUAUUGUCAUUCAUUUGAUUCUCUUUAAUGAGAGAGAAAAAAAUCAUGAUUGAGAUGAAAUUAAAGCUAAGCUAUUGCUGCUAUAUAACAUCUA